ACACAUGACUCAUGUCAUUUGAAAAAAAGUCUCGUGUUGAUUGUUUCAUAUUGUCGUGUUAUUUUUCUCUGUGAAUGUACGGAUAGUUCGGAAAAUCGAAUGCAAAUAAUUGCUAAAGCCCCACAUGUGAAAAACGUGAUUAUUUUGUGAAGGUUUCUAAAUAAACGCCAAGAUUACGGCCAAAAUGCAGGGCGUGAGCGCACCUCGUGAGGGUGCUCCGCCGAUCAUUAGCACAAGUUCUACGAUCCUAAACAUGCGUGAAAAAGAGAAAUACAUUGAAGAUUUCGACUUCCCCUUCUGCGAUGAGUCUUCCAAAUACGAGAAAGUUGCUAAAAUCGGCCAGGGGACCUUUGGAGAAGUGUUCAAAGCCCGAGCAAGGAACAGUAGCAAGAAAUUUGUAGCAAUGAAAAAGGUCUUGAUGGACAAUGAAAAGGAGGGCUUCCCCAUCACGGCACUGCGAGAAAUAAAGAUUCUACAGCUUCUAAAACACGAAAACGUGGUGAAUUUGAUAGAAAUAUGCAGGACAAAAGCUACAAGUCACAAUAAAUAUAGAUCAACCUUCUAUCUAGUAUUUGAUUUUUGCGAGCACGAUUUAGCCGGCCUACUUUCAAAUGUGAACGUGAAAUUCAGUUUAGGAGAGAUAAAAAAAGUCAUGCAGCAGUUGUUAAACGGUCUCUACUACAUUCAUAGUAAUAAAAUCCUGCACAGAGACAUGAAAGCGGCCAACGUUUUGAUAACGAAGAAUGGUGUUCUCAAAUUGGCAGACUUCGGCCUGGCUAGAGCGUUCAGUGUGGCGAAACAGGGACAAGUGAACAAAUACACGAAUCGGGUUGUUACGUUGUGGUACAGGCCGCCAGAGUUGUUAUUAGGUGACCGUAACUAUGGGCCUCCGGUGGACAUGUGGGGUGCCGGUUGUAUCAUGGCUGAGAUGUGGACACGGUCUCCUAUCAUGCAGGGUCCAACGGAGCAGCAGCAACUGAUUCUGAUCUCGCAGCUGUGUGGCUCGUGCACUCCCGACGUGUGGCCAGGGGUGGAGCACCUCGACCUGUACACUAAGAUGGAGCUGCCCAAAGGACAGAAGAGGAAGGUCAAGGAAAGGCUAAAACCUUACGUGAAGGAUCCCUAUGGCUGUGAUCUGCUGGAUAAGCUGCUGCAAUUAGACCCGGCUAAGAGAUACGACGCGGACACUGCGCUGAACCACGACUUUUUCUGGACUGAUCCGAUGCCCUGCGACCUGGCCAACAUGCUGGCCCAGCACUCGCAGAGCAUGUUCGAGUAUCUGGCGCCGCCGCGCCGCCCCGGGCACCUUCGUCACCACCACCACGUGGCCGGCCAGCCGCCGAAGCCCAGCCAGCCCCUACAGGACUCCACCUACCAGGACCGCGUCUUCUAACCGGCGGAGCCCUUAGGGUAGUCCACCAGCGGGGCCAACACACCCUGGACACUUCAUACAAAACUCGUUCUACACAGACACUACACAUUGAAGUUAUCGUACGGUCACGACCAUUAAUAUGUAUACACUUUGGUACCAUGUCACAUUAACUUUUUUGACAAAUUGAACUGUAAGUCUCGCUAAAUGUCAAAUAUGUUAGUGCGACAGAGUCCUAAAGUGGGUACAUUAUAUUGCUCAUGACUGUACACGCGCAUCUGUGUGUGACGACUGCCAUACGAUUAAAGACAGUAAGACCGAGGGGGUGAGGUAAACCUAGCUCAGCCGCUGGUGGGGGGGCGGAGAGUCGCCGUUCUAUACGUAGUAUUAUUCGUUCUACGCUUUUGUAUUAACACGGAAUAGAAGAGGUUGGAAAGGCCCUAACGCGCAUUUUGUAUGAGAACCGCUGUCGUCGGUUCAACCCCACUCUCUUUUACAACUCCUGCAAACAGAUAACUACGAUAGCUCUACUGCUUCUCAAAUUCCACAGCCACUUUACCGGCGAUGUAUAUUUUAUGUUUUAGGCUGCAAUUUUAUCAUUACUUUUCGUAAAAUACUGCAUACGAAAGCAUUUUUUUGAUAAAUAGCCGUUUAUACUAAGGUUUUUAGCUUUCCUGUGAUAAGGAGGAAUCUCCUUGCGUGAUAGCCGAUAUUAGAUUUUCUGCCCUGCAAGUUAUAACGCACAAGACGACCUUAUAAUAUACUAUCGCGGAGCUCCGUGCGUCGUGAAGUUUGCGGGCGAGUGGAGUGCAAAGUUGAAGUAUGAACUGUUUGCUCAUACUUGUAUGGCAGGCGUUUCGCGCUCACUUGGCCCUUCCAACGUCUUUCUUCUAUUCCGUGGUGAAAAAAAAAAAAAAAAAAAAAAAAACACCCGCUCGCUAGCUACGUUUAAGUGCGAUGUAAUAGGGGGCAAGCCUAUUGCCAUUAACCGGGCACAAAUAUAACAUAACAUCUCGACUGUAUUUCCAAAGGGGUAGGCAGAGUUGUAUAGUACACCCAAUCCUCGCGAGCUAUGUAAUUAUGAUAUGUAAGUGGUUUAAAACUUAAGACUUGUUAAAGUGAAUGUUUCAUCCUAUAGUUAGUGUGUUAUUAAAGGUAGUAUUAUAAAAAAAAAAAUUGUAAAUUAUAAAAAAAUAUAUAUAGUUUUAUACGAAGCAAAA